AUGAGUGAUUAAUUGAUCAUUAAAAGGAGGAGAGGUAAUACCGUAGAGACCACGAAUUAAAUUAUCACUCUAAAUUUGUCAGAAGCUAAUUCCACAUUGUUAUCACUUAAGAAAGAGAUAUAAAAGAUAACUAGAAUCAAGCCAUUAAGAUAGUGGUUAACAAGCGAAGAUUUAAAAACUGUGUAUGAUGAUAAUAGCAAACCUUUGAAUUAAUGUGGAUUUAAGAGUGGAUAAGUCUUGGUUGUAAAGGACUUAGGACCUUAGAUGCUUUGGAUUACAGUAUUUUAUGCAGAAUAUGUGGGUCCAAUCUUGAUGUUUGUUUUGUUGUACUACUUAGGGUAGAAGGAAAAGUACACUUUUAUGCAAAAAUCUGCGUUGUGGAUGGUGGCAGCACAUUACAUCAAAAGAAUAUUGGAAACAAAAUUUGUUCAUGUUUUUAGUAGAGAUUCGAUGCCAACAUAGAGAGCUUUGAUUAAUUGUUUCCAUUAUUGGAUUCUAUGUGGAGCAAGUAUUGGGUCUGAACUAUAUUUAUUGCGAACUUUCACAGAAGAUCCAGCUUGGAAGAAGAUUUUUAUUGCUUUGUUUGCAGGAUUCGAAUUUUUGAAUCUUAUGUGUCAUGUGAGAUUGGCUAGCUUCAGAAAAUAACCAGCCAUUAAAAAGAAUGACUCUGAUUACGUAGCUGUGAACAAAUAAAGAUAAAUUCCAUAUGGAUGGGGAUUUGGUAGAAUUUCAAGUGCAAAUUACUUUUGGGAAACGAUGGCAUGGGUAAGUUUCACUAUAUUUACUGGUUCGUAUGCAGCUAUUGGAUUCACUGCGUUUUCAUUUUCUUAAAUGUUGAUUUGGGCAAAACAAAAACAUUAAAGAUAUCUUAAGGAAUUCGGGGACAAGUAUCCAAAGAACAGAAAAGCAAUAGUUCCAUUUGUAGUGUGAAGAAUUUAAUAUUGUGUCAUCGAUUAAAUAUAAAUAAAUGCA